AUGCAGAAAGUCCAUAAGAAAAAUUCCAAUGUAUCCACUCAAAAAUCACCGAUUGCAACGUCACAAAGUACUUCAGUUCGUUUGACUCUCAGUCAACUAAGUCUAUCAAAUGCCAAAGUGUUUCCAUUGGAGAAUAUUCAAAUGAACCAAUUUUAUGAUAGUUCAUCGACUCAAUUGACCAAAGAAACAUCACCAAGCAUAGCUCCUCAAAAUCGAACAACAACUCCUGGUAAAAUGAAAUUUAAGCCUUGGAAAGUUUUGACUUUUGGCUUGGUCACUCUUGUCGUCACCUGCUCUCUAGCAGCAUUUGUAAUUGGCUUGUAUUUCCUCAUCAUAAGUACCAAAAACACUGCUUCAAGCAACACGACAACAGCUGCUCCACGGACACUAAUUUGGGAUACCACGGGUAUCACAGCUUACGGCACAGGAGUCUCAGGUUCCACAGCAAAUCAAUUUAAUAAUCCAAGUCAUAUUUUCUUCAAUUCAUCGAACUCUCUCUACGUUACCGACUAUGGGAAUAACAGAGUACAACACUUUUCUGCCGGCUCGUCGUACGCAACCACAGUUGCAGGUCAAGCUAAUGGGCAGUGGGGUACCACUUCCUAUUAUUUGAAUCAAGUUCCAUAUGCCAUAACAGAUUCAAGUGCCAAUCUGUACGUUUCAGAUUCGCGAAAUAAUCGUGUUCAAUAUUUUGCAUAUGGUACAUUAGCAGGAGUAACGGUAGCAGGCGCAGGAGGUUCAGGUUCUUCGAUGAACCAGCUAAAUAAUCCACACGGGCUGGCUCUUGAUUCGAGCACGAACAAACUAUACAUAGCGGACACGAACAACCACAGAAUUAUGUGUUAUGUCAUCGGUGUAUCAAGUGGUACCGUCGUGGCAGGUGGCAACGGUCAAGGAACACUCAACACUCAACUCAAUACGCCGAUAGGCCUCCAUCUUGAUGCGCCAUCAAAUAGUCUUUAUAUUGCGAACGCUAACUCCAAUAAUAUAAUAAAAUGGGUGGUGAAUGCUAGCACAUGGACACUGAUAGCUGGUGCUCCCAAUGGGCAAUCUGGUAGUACGUCAACAUUCCUUAAUAAUCCGUACAAUUUUAUAUUCGAUUCGAGUGGCAAUUUGUACGUAGCUGAUACUAAUAAUCAUCGCAUACAAUUGUUUUUGCCCGGUCAAUUUAACGGAACAACUAUUGCAGGUGUUACGGCUUUAUCUGGAAGUACUACUAACAAAUUUGACUCACCGCAGUCAUUGGCGCUCGACAGUAAUUUGAAUUUGUACGUGGCUGAUACGGGAAACGAUCGCAUACAGUACUUUGCACGAAUCUAA